AUGGAUUCCGUUGUUCAAAACUUCACCAGUAAUGCGAUGCUGACCCCCACGCACAAUGCCACAUCUGCUACCGGCAUACAGGGAGUGGUGGAAGCUAUACAAACCAUGUCGUAUUGGAAGCUUUUUUUCACUGUUAUUUGCGUGGGGCUGGUCUGGGACCAAGUAUCCUACCAAAUAAAGAAGGGGAAAAUCGCCGGUCCCAAGUGGAAAAUGUGGCCUGUCAUUGGGCCCUUUUUGGAGUCGUUAGACCCAAAGUUCGAGGAAUACAUGGCUAAAUGGGAUUCGGGUCCUUUAUCCUGCGUCUCUAUUUUCCACAAGUUUGUAGUAAUUGCGUCUACAAGGGAUCUGGCGCGGAAAAUCUUACAGAGUUCCAAAUACGUCAAACCUUGUGUCGUUGACGUUGCCGUCAAAAUUCUCAGACCUUCGAAUUGGGUAUUCUUGGACGGCAAAGCUCACGUUGACUACCGUAAAUCUUUGAAUGGUCUAUUCACGAGGAACGCUUUGGCCCAAUACUUGGAAUCUCAAGAGAAAGUAAUGGACAAGUACAUUGAGAAAUUCAUUAGCUUUUCUGAAGAGAAAGACUUUAAACCCCAGGUCUUUUUCCAUGAAAUGAGGGAAAUAAUGUGUGCCUUAUCCUUAAAAGCCUUCUGUGGCGAUUACAUUACGGAAAACCAAAUCAGAAAAGUAGCUGAUGAUUACUAUUUGGUUACUGCCGCUUUGGAAUUAGUCAAUUUUCCAAUCAUUCUACCUUUCACCAAAACUUGGUACGGCCAAAGGACUGCUGACAUGACUAUGAAAAUCUUUGAAAAAUGCGCCCAAAUGGCCAAAGAUCACAUUGCGGAAGGUGGCAAACCUACAUGUGUCAUGGAUGCGUGGUGUCAAUUAAUGCACGAUGCAAAGAACAAAGACGAUGAAAAUUCCAGACUAUUACACAGAGAGUUUUCCAACAGAGAAAUUUCGGAAGCCAUUUUCACCUUUUUAUUUGCUUCCCAAGAUGCAUCUUCUUCCUUAGCUUGCUGGCUGUUCCAAAUCGUGGCUGAUAGACCUGACGUUAUGCAAAACAUCAGGGCCGAACAAUUGAAGGUUCGUGAUAGUGAUCUUUCUAAACCACUAUCUUUGGAUUUAAUUGAUAGCAUGAAAUACACCUACAUGGUUGUGAAAGAAACACUGCGUUACAGACCUCCGGUGAUAAUGGUCCCUUACUACGUCAAACAGAAGUUUCCAAUUGCUCCUAAUUACACAGCUCCAAAGGGUGCAAUGCUAAUCCCAACUCUGUACCCAGCUCUGCACGAUCCUGAGGUUUAUGAGGACCCUGAAGAAUUCAUUCCUGAAAGAUGGGUGGAAGGAUCUCCAGCAAAUGCAGCUAAAAAGAAUUGGCUGGUUUUUGGCUCGGGUGGUCAUGUAUGUUUAGGUCAAACCUAUGUCAUGAUGACUUUCACAGCAUUAAUCGGCAAAUUUGCUAUGCACACAAACUGGGAACACGAGGUAACACCGUUGAGUGAAAAGAUCAAAGUAUUUGCUACAAUUUUCCCUAAAGACGACCUUCUCUUGAGUUUCAAGAGAAGGAAUCCUUUAACAGGAGAAAUAAAAUCAUGA